ACAGCCCAACUAAAUCAUGAACAUGGUUCAAAAAUGUUAAUAAAUAAACCAAGACCAUGGGGAAUUCAUAUGCUGGGCAACUGAAAUCUGCUCGAUUUGAAGAAGCUCUCCACAACUCCAUUGAAGCUUCUCUGAGAUGUAGUAGUGUGGUACCACGACCAAUUUUUUCCCAGCUGUACCUGGAUCCUGACCAGCAUCCUUUCUCCUCUGCAGACGUAAAACCCAAGGUGGAGGAUCUGGAUAAAGACUUAGUACACCGAUACACCCAAAAUGGAAGUCUGGAUUUUUCUAACAACCUCACAGUAAAUGAAAUGGAAGAUGAUGAAGAUGAUGAAGACAUGUCAGAUUCAAAUAGCCCACCAAUUCCCUAUUCACAGAAACCUGCCCCUGAAGGGUCUUGCACUACAGACGGUUUUUGUCAAGCAGGAAAGGAUUUGCGUUUGGUAUCUCUGUGUAUGGAACAGAUUGACAUCCCAGCAGGAUUCCUCCUGGUGGGGGCCAAGUCUCCCAACCUUCCUGAACACAUCCUAGUGUGUGCUGUAGACAAGCGAUUCCUACCAGAUGAUCAUGGGAAAAAUGCACUUUUAGGGUUUUCUGGAAACUGUAUCGGCUGUGGAGAAAGAGGAUUUCGGUAUUUCACGGAAUUUUCCAACCACAUAAACUUGAAGCUCACCACCCAGCCAAAGAAGCAGAAGCACUUAAAGUACUACCUAGUCAGAAGCUCCCAGGGUGUACUGUCGAAGGGACCUCUUAUCUGUUGGAAAGAAUGUAGAAGCCGACAAUCCUCUACCACUUGCCACUCCAUUAAACCAAACUCUUCAGUGUCAUCAACUGUGACCCCAGAAAACGGCACAACAAAUGGAUACAAAUCAGGAUUCAUUCAGACAGAUUCACCGGUUCUCAGUCCAGCUAAUUCUGCAAUCAAUUUAAGUGGAGCUCAGGACCUGACCCGGAAUGUUGUGAAGCCACUGGCUUUGUCUUUGCAGGUUGUAGGGAAGACUUUUGCUGCAGAUGCUGCUAAUGGAAACAGUAGCCAUGGAGGAAAGAGCAGUGCGUCUAGCUCCACGCCCGCCCGCCCAGGGAAUUACUCGUUGUCACCAAGACCUAGCUUUGCCUCGGGAGACCAAGCUACCAUGUUCAUUUCUGGGCCACCAAAGAAGCGACACCGAGGAUGGUAUCCUGGGUCACCCAUCCCCCAACCUGGUUUAGUUGUACCUAUUCCUACAGUUCGCCCUCUUUCAAGAACUGAGUCCCUUUUAUCUACCCCAGUUCCACAGACCCCAUUAACUGGAAUUUUACAACCUCGACCCAUUCCUGCAGGGGAAACUGUAAUUGUUCCUGAAAAUCUGCUGAGUAACUCAGGAGUUAGACCAGUUAUCCUGAUAGGCUAUGGCACUUUACCCUAUUUCUAUGGAAAUGUUGGUGACAUUGUUGUCAGUCCUCUGCUGGUGAACUGCUACAAAAUUCCACAGUUGGAAAACAAGGAUUUGGAACAAUUAGGGUUGACUGGCAGCCAACUCCUGAGCGUGGAAAACAUGAUUCUUCUGACAAUACAGUAUCUCGUACGGCUGGGUCCUGAUCAGAUACCUCUCAGGGAAGAAUUUGAACAAAUUAUGCUGAAAGCUAUGCAGGAAUUUACUCUGAGAGAGCGAGCCCUGCAGAUGGGUGCUCAGUGCACACCAGUGUCACCAGGACAACUCCCCUGGCUGGCUAGAUUAAUUGCCAGCGUGUCUCAAGACCUGGUUCAUGUGAUUGUGACCCAGAACUCUCUGGCAGAGGGCAUUUCAGAGACUUUGAGGACGCUCAGUGAAAUGAGACACUAUCAAAAACUACCGGAUUAUGUGGUAACCAUUUGUGCUUCGAAAAUCAGAGGAAAUGAGUUUUGCGUGGUCGUAUUAGGUCAGCACCAGUCCAGGGCUCUGGCAGAGAGCAUGCUCACCACAAGUGAGUUUUUGAAAGAAAUUAGUUAUGAACUCAUCACGGGAAAGGUCAGUUUCCUGGCAUCGCAUUUCAAAACCACAUCGUUAGGUGAUGACCUAGACAAGCUGCUAGACAAAAUGCAACAGAGACGAGGAGAUAGUGUGGUGACCCCUUUCAACGGAGACCUGAACGAAUACGUGUCGCCUCAAGAGGCCGCUGCUAUGAUCCCCACUCAGAACCUGGAUUUAGGGAAUGAAACCUUCCAGAUUUAUCAGCCGCAGCUCACAGUUGCCAGAAAACUCUUGUCCCAGGUGUGUGCUAUUGCAGACAGCGGCAGCCAGAGCCUGGACCUUGGCCACUUCAGCAAAGUGGACUUCAUCAUCAUUGUCCCAAGGUCAGAAGUCCUGGUGCAGCAAACUCUUCAACGGAUUCGACAAUCAGGUGUCCUUGUAGACUUGGGUCUGGAGGAAAAUGGGACAGCCUAUCAGAGAGCAGAGAAAUAUGUUGUUCGUCUAGACAAUGAGAUACAAACCAAGUUUGAAGUUUUUAUGAGAAGGGUGAAACAGAACCCGUACACGCUGUUUGUGCUAGUUCAUGACAACUCCCAUGUGGAACUAACGAGCGUCAUGUCGGGCUCUUUGUCACAUGGUGAGCCCAGCCAUGGAUUGGCUGACAGGGUCAUUAAUGGCAGAGAGGUUCUGGAAGCUUUCAACCUCCUGGUGCUCCAGGUCACCUCCUGUCCAUACACUCUGCAGACCCAACAGUCCCGAAUCAGCACCAGCAACGAGGUACACUGGAUACAGCUGGACAGCACAGAGGACAUGAGCUGCGAGAAGCUGUACUUCGGCCUGAACGAGUACAGUAAAUCUCUGCAAUGGGGAAUCACGAGCCCCCUUCUGAGAUGUGACGAGACGUUUGAAAAAAUGGUGAACACACUCUUGGAGAGGUACCCCAGGCUGCAUAGCAUGGUGGUCCGCUGCUACCUCCUCAUCCAGCAGUACUCGGAGGCGCUGAUGGCCCUGACCACCGUGGCGUCCCUGCGCGACCACAGCACGCCGGAGACCCUCAACAUCAUGGAUGACCUCCUGAGCUGCCCGGGGAAGAACCGCAGCGGGCGCGGACACAUGCUCAUCCUCAGGGUGCCCUCCGUGCAGCUGGCAAUGCUGGCCAAGGAGCGGCUGCAGGAGGUGCGCGACAAGCUGGGGCUCCAGUACCGCUUCGAGGUGGUCCUGGGGAACCCCGCCUCUGAACUCAGCGUGGCAGCCCACUUUGUGGCGCGACUAAAGACCUGGAGAGGAAAUGAAGCGGAAGAGUGGGUCCCUCGGACGUACCAGGAUCUAGAAGGUCUGCCUUGUAUUGUGAUAUUAACUGGCAAAGAUCCUCUUGGAGAAACCUUUCCCAGGUCUCUGAAGUACUGUGACCUCCGGUUAAUUGAUUCGAGCUACUUAACCCGCACGGCCUUGGAGCAGGAGAUGGGGCUGGCCUGCUGCUAUGUGUCCAAAGAGGUGAUCCGGGGGCCCACUGCCGCCCUGGACCUCAGCGGCAAGGAGCAGGAGCGAGCCGUGGCCAGCGAGAAUGACACCGAGGAGCUGCUGAUCGACCUGGAGAGACCCCAGAGUAACAGCAGCGCCGUCACGGGAACUUCAGGCUCCAUCAUGGAGAACGGGGUCAGCUCGUCCAGCACCGCCGACAAGUCCCAGAAGCCGCCCCCGACGCCCAGCUUCCGGAGCCCGGCCCCCAGCGCGGGGCUGGACGAGGGGCUCUCGGCCGGUCCGGCGGGGCCCGGGGAGCCCCUAAAGCAGGAGUGCGACUCGCUGGGGCCCCCGCUGGCUAGCAGCACCACCGCCAAGCCGUCGCCGUCGUCAUCGGGGCCCGGGGCGCUGCCGGGGCCCGGGCCGCCGGGCCGGGGCGGCCGGCCCCCCCAGGCGGGACUGCCCCCGGUGGUCAUCCUGUCCAAGGCGGCCUACAGCCUUCUGGGCGCGCGGCGGGGCGGCAAGCUGCCGGCGGCCGCGGCCCUGCUGCCGCACCCCGACGUGGCCUGGGCCAGCCCGCUGCGCCCGCCGCCGCCCGCGCACGCCGGCCCCGAGGAGCAGUCGCUCUACUACCGCCGCUGGACGGCCGCGCGGCCGCACCACGCCGACCACGGCAACCCGCCCGACCCCGCCUCUGGCGCGCGGGCCUGCCACCCGCGCCGGCUCCUGCUGAGUGGGCCCCCCCAGGUGGGGAAGACGGGCUCCUACCUGCAGUUCCUGAGGCUCCUCUUCCGCAUGCUCAUCCGGCUCCUGGAAGUGGACGUGUACGACGAGGCGGAGAUCAACACCGAUCACAGUGAAAGCAGUGAAGUGAGCCAGUCAGAGGGCGAACCCUGGCCUGACAUCGAGAGCUUCAGUAAAAUGCCCUUUGACGUCAGCGUGCACGACCCCAAGUACAGUUCGAUGAGCCUGGUAUAUACUGAGAAGCUGGCAGGGGUCAAACAAGAAGCGAUAAAGGAACCCAAAGCUGAGGCGCCCCGGAAACGAGAAACUAUGUCCAUGAUGCUGACCAAGUAUGCGGCCUACAACACCUUCCACCACUGUGAGCAGUGCCAUCAGUACAUGGACUUCACCUCUGCCUCCCAGAUGUCCGACUCCACCCUCCACGCCUUCACGUUCUCAUCCUCCAUGCUGGGAGAAGAGGUGCAGCUCUACUUCAUCAUCCCCAAAUCCAAAGAGAGUCACUUUGUCUUCAGCAAGCAGGGCAAGCACCUGGAGAGCAUGCGGCUGCCCCUGGUCUCAGACAAGAAUUUGAACGUGGUCAAGAGCCCUAUCUUCACCCCCUCCAGCGGUCGCCACGAGCACGGACUUCUGAACCUCUUUCACGCCAUGGAGGGCAUCAGCCACUUGCACCUGCUGGUGGUCAAAGAGUAUGAGAUGCCGCUGUACCGCAAAUACUGGCCCAACCACAUCAUGCUGGUGCUUCCUGGCAUGUUCAAUAAUGCAGGCGUGGGUGCUGCCAGGUUCCUCAUUAAGGAGCUGUCGUAUCACAACCUGGAGCUGGAGAGAAACCGCCUGGAAGAGCUGGGAGUUAAACGCCAGUGUGUCUGGCCUUUCAUCGUCGUGAUGGAUGACUCGUGUGUCCUGUGGAACAUUCACAGCGUUCAGGAGCAGACCAGCCAGCCCUUGGAAACAGGAGUUUCCAGUAAGAAUGUGUCCUUGAAGAGUGUCUUGCAGCACAUGGAGGCGACACCGAAAAUCGUGCACUACGCGAUCCUGGGCAUCCAGAAGUGGAGCAGCAGGCUGACUUCUCGGAGCCUCAAGGUCCCGUUCUCUAGGUGCCAUGUGCACGACUUCAUCCUCCUCAACAUAGACCUGACUCAGAAUGUGCAGUAUGACUUCAACAGGUAUUUCUGUGAAGAUGUUGACUUUAACCUGAGAACGAACAGCAGUGGACUGCUCAUCUGCCGCUUUAACAACUUCAGUCUCAUGAAGAAACAUGUGCAAGUUGGCGGGCAGAGGGACUUUAUCAUUAAACCAAAGAUCAUGGUGUCAGAGAGCGUGGCGCCCAUCCUGCCCCUACAGUACGUCUGUGCUCCCGACAGUGAGCACACCCUUCUGGCAGCCCCUGCACAGUUCCUCCUGGAGAAGUUCCUGCAGCAUGCCUCCUACAAACUCUUCCCCAAAGCUAUCCGUAACUUUCGGAGCCCCGUGCUGGCCAUCGACUGCUACCUUAACAUUGGACCAGAGGUGGCCGUAUGCUACAUCAGCUCCAGACCCCACUCCAGCAACGUCACCUGUGAAGGGGUGUGCUUCGGUGGACUCCUCUUGUACCUCUGUGACUCUUUUGUAGGUGCUGAUCUUCUUAAGAAAUUUAAGUUUCUCAAAGGUGCUACCCUGUGUGUCGUCUGCCAAGACAGAAGCUCCUUGCGCCAGACAAUUGUCCGCCUGGAGCUGGAGGACGAGUGGCAGUUCCGCCUCCGGGACGAGUUCCAGACCGCCAACAGCAGCGACGACAAGCCGCUCUACUUUCUCACCGGACGUCACGUAUGACCUUUUGAAGAGAACAAAACUAGCAGAGGGAUGCCUAGAUGGGGUGGGGCAGAAAUAAUUAUUGAGGAUUUUAUUUUUUCCCUUAAAGUACAAUCACUGUGGAGCAAAGUGCAACAUGUAUUUGUCUGUUCUCCAAAGAAACCCCCCACCCCCAAAUCUGACCCAGAUCUCUGGGGGGCAUCACUUUCCUUCACUUCCAGUUUCAGGACCUUAAAAUUCAGGUUAACUUCACCCUAGGUAGUUAUGCAAUUAACUCAAGAUGUGGUCUACCCACGGGAGCUGAAGAAGAAAUACUUUGGAGAAACCGCACGGACGCUGCGUUGUUUUUUUCUACUAUGCUCUGUCAGGGGGAAAACUGACUCUUGGCGUUAGCUAGCCUGAAUGUGUUACGUGAAGACUCACGCCAUUGGUGUGGAAUUAACUGAAGAUUAAUGUUUGAGGCCUGAGCCCUCAGUUUCUCUUCAGAUCUGUACUUUGGUACAGUAUUACUCAGGGGUCUGAAAUGAUAGAAUGUAGAAGAUAUUUGUAUUUAAAAAAAAAAGUAGCCUUGUCUUUCUCUGUGCAGUGUUAGUUUAUGAUUUAUAAUCUUGUAUGUAUUGAAACUUUUGGCAAAAUUUCCACAGGAGUUGAAAGUUUACUAUUUAAACUGAACAAACACAUUAGUAAA